CUUCGAUUUCGACCACGCGACCGACCAAGCAGCAAGUGGGGCGGCGGCCGUCGCCGAGAUGAACUCCUCCCCGAUCACCGGAGCCGAUCUCCCGCGAAACCUCCCCUUCCCCGUGCUCUGCUAGACAGAGAUCCGGGCUCUCCUCAGUUUGUUUUGUGAGGGCAUCAUGUGGAGUUUUGCAUCAAAUGCCAUAGCUGGAAGCUUAAAGAAAAAGGCGCAGCCUUCAAAAUGCAGCAUAUCCAAUCCAGACUGUUCUGAUGAUGAAGUUUCUUCAUGUACGAGCAGAGAGGAAGGCCUUGAUUGUCCAAUAUGCUGGGAAUCCUUCAACCUUGUGGAGAAUGUUCCCUAUGUCUUGUGGUGUGGCCACACAAUGUGCAAGAACUGUAUCCUUGGUCUUCACUGGGCUGUUGUCAAGUUUCCUUCCCUUCCUAUCCAGCUGCCACUGUUCAUCUCAUGCCCCUGGUGCAAUCUGUUGUCUUUCCGGCUGGUGUACAAAGGCAACCUCAGGUUCCCACGCAAGAACUACUUUCUGCUCUGGAUGGUUGAGAGCAUGAAUGGUGAGAGAGCAAAAUUCCAUUCCACUAAUCACAAUGAACAUCAUUCCUCGUGGCAUUCCAGUGCUGGCCCAAGUUCCAGUCAUCACCACCGAAGAAAUGCUGUUAUCCGAGCAGAGAGCUCUUCUGCUAGAGAUACAAACUUCAUCCGUAACAUUUUUGACACCGACAACAUCAGUGCGUCUCUCCAAAAGCUCAUGGUGUGCUUCAUGCAGCUGACAGCCAAAUUUCCACUUGUGAUAAUCUUCUUGCUGAUAGUCCUUUAUGCUGUCCCUGCAAGUGCUGCUGUUCUGGUGCUGUAUGUCCUUGUGACGUUUUUGUUUGCGCUGCCAUCGUUUUUGAUCCUCUACUUCGCUUAUCCCAGCUUGGACUGGCUUGUCAGAGAGAUCUUUGCUUAAUUUCGAUAGCACAAUUCAUAAUCAUAGCUCCCUGGUACAUGAUAUAUCAUACAUGGUAUUCCAUGGCCACCUGCCUUCUUGGGCAUUGUAUAGUCUCUUCUGAUUUCGUGUCCUUUUCUACCCUUCUGUGGCCCCUUAUUCUGAUGUAACUGUAUCUAUUUAUUAAAAUGAUAGGCAACAUUUUUAUUUUUGGUUCUAGAUGUGUUUGUUCUACUUGAACGUGUUCCAUGACAUGCUAAUCAUUCAAAAUUGCUGUGUUCUUUCGUAA